UCCGCGAAUGAUUUAAAAACGCGAGUCAAAGAAAAUACAACUCUGUGUGGUUUUUUUUAUAUUUUAAAUUUAAUAUAAUAUAAAUAUUACAUGUAUUUUUUGUAAAUUGUGUUUUUAUUUUUUUUAACUGAAAGUAAAUACUGUCAGAAUGAUGCUGAUCAGUAUUGUUGGCUUUACUAUUUUUUUAGUAGUUUCAAUUGAUAUUAAUAAUGUCGAGGCUAAAAUGACUUUGGCCCAAGUUAGAAAUUCUUUGAAGCCAUUUCAUAAAGCUUGUUUACCAAAAUCUGGUGUAUCACCUGAUGUUUGGGAAGCCACUCACAAUGGAGAGUUUCCACCAGAUCCAGCUCUCCAAUGUCAUUUUGCUUGUCUUUUUACAAAACUAAAAAUUCUGACAAAAGAUGGAAAACUUUCAAUGGAAUCUAUGGCAAAACAAAUGGAUAUAAUGUUACCAGAAGAUCUUGUUGGACCAAUCAAAAGCAUAACCGACAAGUGUGCAGUUGACGCAACAAGUUCAGAAGUUUGUGAAAUGAGUUGGCAAUUUGCCAAGUGUUAUUAUGAAGCCGAUGCAGAUAUGUAUUUUUUGCCUUAAAAAAUAGCAUCAAAUUAUAGAGGAAUUUUUUAAUGACAAAUCAACACAAAAAUAAAUAAAUAAAUAACGACAAAAAAAAAAAUAAAAAAAAAAAAAAAAAAGAUCAAUUAACUAUGUACUUAGAUAAUAAAUUAAAAAACUAUUGUAAAAUGAAGUUAUGAUUAAAUAUUUUUAAAAUUAUUAAAAA